ACAGAUGACGAUCGACUUCACUGUACAAUACUUUGUGAAAGCCCGCUCUCCCUGGUUGACAAACGCAUUUGUGUUGAAGAAGAACCAUGCUUCGAGUUGUGUUAUCCCGAACUUUUCCUCGGAUCUCUGGCAUUUCCAAUUGUCAGUAUUCGGCGGCCGCCAUCCCGGUUCCAAGCGCACAGCCCGAAGUCCAUUAUAACAAGCUGUUCAUCAAUAACCAGUGGCAGGAUGCCGUCAGCAAGAGGUCCUUCCCACCAUCAACCCAGCCACAGGAGAGGUCAUCUGUCAGGUGGCUGAGGCAGACAAGGCAGAUGUGGACAAGGCUGUGAAGGCUGCCAGGGAGGCCUUUCGGUUUGGGUCACCAUGGAGACGCAUGGACGCAUCGGACCGCGGGCUGCUCCUGAGCCGGCUGGCAGACGCAAUCGAGAGGGACACAGCCUACCUAGCGGUCAGUGACGCCGUCCCAUUACUGCUGGUCAAUGGAAAUGAUUCACCUGAAGUGGUGUUAUGAGAGGGACACAGCCUACCUAGCGGUCAGUGACGCCGUCCCAUUACUGCUGGUCAAUGGAAAUGAUUCACCUGAAGUGGUGUUAUGAGAGGGACACAGCCUACCUAGCGGUCAGUGACGCCGUCCCAUUACUGCUGGUCAAUGGAAAUGAUUCACCUGAAGUGGUGUUAUGAGAGGGACACAGCCUACCUAGCGGUCAGUGACGCCGUCCCAUUACUGCUGGUCAAUGGAAAUGAUUCACCUGAAGUGGUGUUAUGAGAGGGACACAGCCUACCUAGCGGUCAGUGACGCCGUCCCAUUACUGCUGGUCAAUGGAAAUGAUUCACCUGAAGUGGUGUUAUGAGAGGGACACAGCCUACCUAGCGGUCAGUGACGCCGUCCCAUUACUGCUGGUCAAUGGAAAUGAUUCACCUGAAGUGGUGUUAUGAGAGGGACACAGCCUACCUAGCGGUCAGUGACGCCGUCCCAUUACUGCUGGUCAAUGGAAAUGAUUCACCUGAAGUGGUGUUAUGAGCGGCUAAUUAGAUGCACAACAUUCCUGUUCUGGCACUCAUGCCAAAGAAAGCAGUUGUUUGGGUUGUAUUA